AUGUUUCGAGCCCUGGUGAUUCUUGUUGUGGCCCUGGCCAACACUUGGGCAACGGACUACAACGCUCUGAUUGACGAUGAGAGCAUCUUCGUGAAGUGUUCAGAAGCCCCAGCCGGUUCCCUUGGUCCCCGCGAUGGAUUUAACCUCGACAAUAUGGUGAUGAAUAUGGACGAAGAAGGCAUCUACGUAUCGGGGAAUAUGACCGUCAAACUUAACUUUCUGCUCUCCGAUCGCAUUUCCGCUAGGUUCAGCGUGAUGCACUAUGAACGUGGUAGUUGGCAACCCACAAUGUUCAACCUUCACUCCCCCAACUUUUGCGAGGUGAUGUUUGACGAAGAUCAAUACUGGUUCAAGUAUUGGUUUAAAUAUAUUCGAAACCGAGAGGAGAUCCGUGAAAAAUGCUUGAAAGUGAAAGAUACCGUGCUGGUGUAUGAAGAGUUCUUGAUGGUCCUGCACCUAGAAAAUGUCAAUACCUCAAACUUGCAGGGGCGCUACAAGGCUGUGAUUACUCUGGAGGCUUUCGAUGAACACGAUGUGCGACGACCAUCUUCCGUCUGUGUUGAAAUAAGAGGCGACCUUGAAAGGGUUGCCUAGUUACACAAUUUUGUAUAACCUUAAACAUAUUUGUUAUCAUAUUACCAUUUAA